AAAGUUAGCCUCUAUAAUAAGGAUGGAGGAAGAUAUAUUACUGAAGGUCUCCAUAUAGGAGGGGAAAAAUAAUGGUCCUCAAAGAUUGACUAUAAAUUUUGCUCUCUCAAGGAUCUCAUUUGCCAUUUCUGGCAAAUGUCUCUUCUUUAAAUGAAAUUGAAUUAAACAAUGUCUAAGAUCCAUCUGUAGCUUUAAGAGGGGUAGGAAGAUGGAAGAAAAAGGUAUCUCUGCGGACAGUUGUAUAAGAUUUUUAGUUCCUGGAAUAUUUAAUUCGAGUCUUCUGCUUAUUAAGGCUUUAUUUCCAGAGAUAUCUAGCUUUUUGCCCUUGCUUGUUUCCUUAGCUAUUCCCUAUUGCUGGGUGUUUUUUUUUUCUCCUGUUCUGUUUCUCUGCUUCUUUUCAGAUCAAUCAACAUGGUUUCUACUGUUAAAAAAAAAUCUUUAAUAGAACAUAAGCUCCCUGAAGGAAAGGACUUAAGAUUUUUGUCUCUGUAUCACUAGUACCUAAUACUACAUUUGAUAUACAAUAGUUUCUUAAAUUGUUGCAGUGAAUGAAUAUAUAACUCUUGAACUAAUAUGCUAAUCUUAGGUUAGGUACUUCUUGGAUUAGAAUGCACUCUCCCUUUCCUUUCUUUAUGCUCCUUGGGUGUAAACAUCUGUGAAGAGGCUGAGGGGGGAAAAACAAGAGCAUUUCCUCUUUGCUAAACAUGUUUAGAAUACCCUGCUGCUAAGUAUGCUGAACCAUUGAAAGGGACCUGUCCAAGGUAAUCCACAAAGUACAUAGUAAAGUUGUAACUUCUACAUCUCCCCACUAUCAGUUGACCAUUAUUGUAGCAUGUGGUCUGUCCUGCCCCUUUGUCAGACAUUACAAGUACCCAAGAGCCCUUUGACCUGAGGCUCAGUACAUUUAGUGAGUGUUUAUCAGAAAGGUGAGGCCCAAACUUUGCCCAAUGUGGGCAGUAGGGCAAUCUGCCAGGUUACCGAGCUGUGGUGCACCAGCCCUUUGUACCCCCUGUGUGAGUGAAAUGUUCAUCUCAGAAGGGAUCCCUGUGCUUUGGAUAUAAUUCAACUUGAAUAAGAUGGCUUGAGAAAUCUUAAAUAAUUAGUGACUAAUAGAGAAGUGAAUACAGGGUAUCAGGUUUUCUCUUGCCAUAUUUCAAAGCUAAUUUCUUACCAAACCUUUAGAUUUGGGGCCAAGCUCAUACUGGCUGUUGGAACUUCUGGGGAGUCCUAAAAAAUCAUGAACAGAAAAGAUCCAAAGCUCCUUGGGAGCUAGAGAAGGGCUUACAACUCUGUUUUAGGCCCUCAGACUAGGAGGCCUAGUCUGGACCUCUUGGGACCACUUUGAAGCAAAUGAUACUGAUUUCAGUAAUACAGCUAGUCUAGUAGCUGGCUGCUUAAAGUGUGUAUGUAGUGGUGGUGGAUAUCACCACGUGCUGUAGGGGAGAAGGAAGAAACAGCAGUCCUUUAAAGAGCUGAUGCCUCCUGAAAGGAAAUGAAUAGGAUUUUACAAUUGCAGGGCUUGAAAUGAACUUUAUGGGACAGAGCCAUAAGCAGGAUUUUUGAAUGAGUAAGACCCUAGAAAUACUUAUGUAACACAAAAUAUCAACCACUGUGGGUGGGGGAUCUUCCAGCUGAGCUUGUGUAUCCUAAAAUGGAAUGGCAAUGUCCUGCCAGAAUAUCAUCAGGGUGUUCAUGUGGAUUCAAGCUGGGGAACAAAGUAUCACUUUGAUCAUUAAUCAUUAAUUCUGUUGAGAUUUUGGCAAAGAGCAGGACUGUACUCAGAAGGAUAAGAGGCAGCUAGGUGGCUUAGUGGAUAGAGUGCUGGGCCUGGAAUCAGGAAGACCUGAGUUCAAAUAUGGUCUCAUCCACUACCUGGAUGAUUCUGUGCAAACCUCUUAGCUUCUAUUUGCCUCAAGUUCCUCUUCUGUAAAAUGAAGAUAAACAUAGCAUUUAUGCAGGUUGUGAAGAUCAAAUAUAAUAUUUGUAAAGUGUUUAGCCUAGUGUUUGGCACAUAGUACUAUGUAAAUGUCAGCUAUUAUUUUCAAAUGUCUCUGGGUCUUGGCUUCUUUUUUUGUAACAUGAGGAAGUUUGGACGAGAUAAUCUCCCUUUCAGCUUUAGUUUUCUUUGGUUUUAGAAUUCUCUAGACCAUAGGAACUAAAGGAAGAGUUCAGAUUUUGUUUUAUCUAAGUGUGUUCCUCUGAAGAAUGCUAUCCUAACUACCCUCCCCAUGCCCUGUCCACUUUUCCUCUUCAUACAUUAAUUAGCUGCUUCCACAUUGGCUCUUUCCUGCCUCGUAGGUGACCUGAGUGAUUCCAGGGUGAGGGGUUAGGUUUCCUUCCCCAUGCCUUUGCCUGCUCUGCUUGCUCUCCUAUCUAUCUGCUCUCCAGGGCCCCAGGUGUUCUUGUCAGCUCCCCUCCUGCCCCAGGCCCCUUAUCAAACAGCUUUCCAGUGUGGUACUCCCCCCACACCUGGCAGCUUUGUCUUGGAUGACCUUCGCCGAUAUUCUGUGGAUCUACGCUACACAGUCCCCCAGCGUGUGGGCUCCGUUCCCAUCUCCACUGUCAUCAUCAGUGCAGCCACUGGCAGCCGUACCAUCCUGCACGCUAACAGAAACUUGCCAGAUGUGUCAGCCAAGGACUUUGAAAAAGUCGACUUAAACCGGUACAAGUGGAUCCACAUUGAGGGCAGGAAUGCAUCUGAACAAGUCAAGAUGCUGCAGCGGAUAGAGCAGCACAACAAGAGGCUUCCCCGAGAACAGCAGAUCAGGACAUCUGUGGAGGUGGAGAAACCCAGAGAAGAGUUAUAUCAACUCUUUGCCUAUGGGGAUGUGGUUUUUGUCAGCAAGGACGUGGCCAAGCACAUGGGGUUUCAGUCAGCAGCUGAAACCCUAAAGGGAUUGUACAGCCGUGUGGGGAAAGGGGCUGUGCUAGUAUGUGCAUGGGCAGAGAAGGGAGCAGAUGCCUUGGGCCCCGAUGGACGGCUCCUGCACUCUGAUGCCUUCCCACCACCCCGAGUGGUGGACACCCUGGGGGCCGGAGACACCUUCAAUGCCUCUGUCAUCUUCAGCCUUUCCCAGGGGAAAAGCAUGCAAGAAGCAUUGACUUUUGGUUGCCAAAUAGCAGGCAAGAAGUGUGGGAUACAAGGCUAUGAUGGAAUCGUGUGAAGGCAUCAGACAUCAGAGGGCACAGCCUCAGCCGGCUCUAGGGGACUAAGGGAGCCAGGGCAUUGCUGCAUGUCUCUGCUUGCUUUGGUGUCACGGCCAUCCAUCUAACAGAGCAGAUACAGCCAAGGCUGGAGCUCUUUAGCCCCACCACAUCUCGGUUCUCAGCUAUCUCCCUCUUUAAACCAAAUAAACAUUCUAUCAAUCCAGUA